CCGCCUCCUUGGCUCCCUGCGGGGGGGGGGGUGCAUGCCUGAUGCCAGCUCUCUUCUCCCCCCAGGGAUGGUCCUUGUGCGGAGUGAGAAUGGGCAGCUGCUGAUGAUCCCUCAGCAGGCCUUGGCCCAGAUGCAGGCCCAGGCCCACGUCCAGACCCAGCCUCAGACCACCAUGGCCCCCCGCCCUGCCACCCCCACAAGUGCCCCUCCUGUCCAGAUCUCCACCGUGCAGGCCCCUGGGACCCCUAUUAUUGCACGGCAGGUGACCCCAACGACCAUAAUUAAGCAAGUGUCUCAGGCCCAGACGACGGUGCAGCCUGCCACGGCAGCACAGCGCUCGCCCGGCAUACAGCCUCAGCUUGUUUUGGGUGGUGCUGCCCAGACCUCCCUCGGGACGGCGACGGCUGUUCAGACGGGGGCACCUCAGCGAACAGUCCCAGGGGCCACCACCUCCACAGCGGCCACGGAAACUAUGGAAAACGUGAAGAAAUGUAAAAAUUUUCUCUCUACGUUAAUAAAACUGGCUUCAUCUGGAAAACAGUCUACAGAGACAGCUGCUAAUGUGAAAGAGCUAGUGCAGAAUCUGCUGGAUGGAAAAAUCGAGGCAGAGGAUUUCACCAGUAGAUUAUACCGAGAACUUAAUUCUUCACCUCAACCUUACCUUGUGCCUUUCCUGAAGAGGAGCUUGCCCGCCUUGAGACAGCUGACCCCUGACUCGGCAGCCUUCAUCCACCAGAGCCAGCAGCAGCCACCACCCGCCUCCCAGGCCACCACUGCACUCACAGCCGUGGUGCUGAGCAGCUCGGUCCAGCGCGCCGCGGGGAAGACGGCAGCCACCGUGACCAGUGCUCUGCAGCCCCCUGUCAUUAGCCUGGCACAGCCUGCACAGGUUGGCGUUGGCAAGCAGGGGCAGCCCACGCCGCUGGUGAUCCAGCAGCCGCCCAAGCCAGGGGCGCUGAUCCGCCCCCCGCAGGUGACGUUGACGCAGACGCCCAUGGUCGCCCUGCGGCAGCCUCACAGCCGCAUCGUGCUCACCGCGCCGCAGCAGAUUCAGCUGAACCAGCUGCAGCCAGUCCCCGUGGUGAAGCCCGCUGCACUACCUGGAACCAAAGCCCUUUCUGCCAUCUCGGCCCAAGCAGCUGCUGUGCAGAAGAACAAGCUCAAGGAGCAGGGGGGAGGCUCUUUUCGGGACGACGAUGACAUUAAUGAUGUCGCCUCGAUGGCGGGGGUAAACCUGUCAGAAGAAAGUGCGAGAAUAUUAGCCACAAACUCUGAGUUGGUGGGCACCCUGACACGGUCCUGUAAAGAUGAAACCUUCCUCCUCCCAGCGCCUUUGCAGAGAAGAAUACUAGAAAUAGGUAAAAAACACGGCAUAACGGAGCUCCAUCCGGAUGUAGUGAGUUAUGUGUCCCAUGCCACGCAACAGAGGCUACAGAACCUUGUAGAGAAAAUAUCAGAAACAGCUCAGCAGAAGAACUUCUCUUACAAGGAUGACGACAGAUACGAGCAGGCAAGUGAUGUCCGGGCUCAGCUCAAAUUUUUUGAACAGCUUGAUCAAAUAGAAAAGCAGAGGAAAGAUGAGCAGGAAAGAGAAAUCUUAAUGCGAGCAGCAAAGUCUCGAUCCAGACAAGAAGAUCCAGAACAAUUAAGGUUGAAACAAAAGGCAAAAGAGAUGCAGCAACAAGAACUGGCACAAAUGAGGCAACGUGAUGCCAACCUCACAGCCCUCGCCGCGAUCGGGCCCAGAAAGAAGAGGAAGGUGGACUCUCCGGGGCCGGGAUCAGGAGCAGAGGGGUUAGGCCCCGGCUCAGCGGUCCCAGGCAGCUCCGGCGUCGGAACCCCCCGACAGUUCACGCGACAAAGGAUCACGCGGGUCAACCUCAGGGACCUCAUAUUUUGCUUAGAAAAUGAGCGUGAGACAAGCCAUUCACUGUUGCUCUACAAAGCAUUCCUUAAGUAGCACAGGGCGUGGCAUCUUUGAUGGAGACGCCUGGGGACGUUUUUAUAUAUUUGCAGAUUACGCCUUUUUGUAACAAGCAAAUGGGAUAUUGUUUAAAAAACAGCCACCUCUUUACAAUGGAGCAGUUUUAUAUUCCUGUUUCUAAGUCAACUCUUCAGUGCGGAAGAAAACGCGUUUCUGUAACAGAGAACACAGGGGCCUGUGGGCACUCUUAAAGGACAAUUAAAUCUUAACUCAUCUUUGAUUGAGUGGCCUUCUUGCCAAACAAGCCAUAUAUAAAAACUGAUGGAAUCGUUUAGCAAAUAAUUAGCUGCCCUCUGUCGCCUCCUAGCGGUUUCUACAUUAUUUGCGCAUUUGGUUUAAGUUCAACCCAACUUACUUGCAUAGGUGUGUCUCUCCAGCAGUGACCUCAUUUCAUUUAUUUUAUUUUUGUAUUAGUCAGUUGGCAAAGCAAACUGAUUUUUUUAGACUAUUUAUCUUCUUCCCUGUCCCCUGCCCUCCGUUCAGAGUUCUCGAUGGGGCACACAGCUGGCCUCGGAGUUAAAUCACUUUUCUGCGUGGGAGGGCCCCGCCGCGGGGCUCCUCCUGAAUGUCUGUCUCCAUCUGUACACGUGCAUUUUAUUUGCUGUAGUUUGUAAAGCUGUAAAGUUACAAGAAAUGAAAACCUUUUCAGCAUAAAUCUAUUUUACUUGCACUGUGUUUUUUAGCUAAAAGUGAAAACUUAGAUGAAAUAAAAUCAAAGUUGAGAAGAAUCAUCAAAAGACUGUUUCUCAGUGUGAAUCAAGUGUUGAAAAAUGGUUGGUGUAUUUUGUCAGUAAUUGUACAUAAUUUUUGGCACAUAACAUAAAAAUGGCUAUGUAAACUAUAAUUAUUUUGCUAAGAGACUGUAUGCAAGCUGUGGGCCAACUUUACAGAUGUCCAGAGCAAAGCCCCUUCUUUGUACCUAUUUUUUUAUUACAAAUAUACUAAUUGGUUCUUUAUAUUUUCAGAGGUUAUUGUAUUAAAUUGUCUAUUGAUAGUACUUUUACGACUGUAAAUAUCUGGCUCUCCCCGUGUGAGUUGCUCUCGUUAGACUCGAAUUCGGGUGAGUCAACUGAAUGCUGAGCAGUAUUUUUUAUCAACACCUGAAAACUGUUACACCUUUUAUUUUGUCUUUUAGGAAAUCCCUGUCUUUCCAUUUUUUCAUGUAAAUUUUGCACAGUUACUUGUUCAUAUGUAAAUAUUUUACUUUCAGAAAUGAAGUUUUUAAUUGCUAUUGUUUU